AUGAGGGGACGUAUUGAGGGGCAACCGGGGGCAACCGGGCGUGCCGGACGAAGGAGCCCGUCAUCUCCGAGUUUCGCGGCACGUCCGAGACGUAAUAAGCGGACGUCCCCGGUCCGUCACCGGGAGGAGGCCGGGCUGGAAUGGGGCAUCGUUGGAGUUAAUGAAGUUUUCUCCGCCGCGAUUCCCACAGGUCGUCACAUGCGGACCGAGUUUGCGGCACAUAUUGUGCACGUCGCCCUAUGGCCAGAUAUUGCCGGCUGA